GCUACUCAGGUCCAGGUCUCUCUCUCUCUCUCUCUCUCUCUCUCUCUCUCUCUCUCUCUCUCUGUCUAUCUCCUCUAUUUCUCUCCCUCCCCACCCCUUCUCCUGCUCCCUCUUCUCUUUCUCGUUUGCUUUCUGUGUCUGUUUCUCUUUUUUCUGUGUGUGAGUCUCUGCGUCUCCUACGCUCUGUGUCUCUGUCUCUCUCUUCUCUGUCUCUGCCUCCUUCCUCCCUCUCUCAACCUUCCGUCCCUGCCACCUGUUUCCACCACUUCCUGGUCAGUCCCCCAUCAUCCCUCGUCUGUCCUCCACAGCUCUGCGGCAGUCAGGAGCUCUGCAGGGUGCCCACCCCGGCAGCCGGGUUCAUGCCUGCUGCCCUUCGGAUGCCCCGCAGCUUGUGACCGUCCCCACAUCCACGGGCCAAGCGCACACCCUUUCCUGAGCCCCGCGUCCCUGGGCUCCUGCAAGGUUCUGAAGGCUGAGUAGCCAGCGGGAUGCCCGGCUUGCUGAAUUGGAUCACGGGGGCAGCCCUGCCCCUCACCGCAUCUGAUGUCACCUCCUGUGUCAGUGGUUAUGCCCUGGGCCUAACUGCCUCCCUCACCUAUGGCAACCUGGAAGCCCAGCCCUUCCAGGGCCUCUUCGUGUACCCCCUGGAUGAGUGCACCACGGUGAUCGGCUUUGAAGCAGUCAUUGCCGACCGUGUCGUGACAGUACAGAUCAAGGACAAAGCCAAGCUGGAGAGCGGCCACUUCGAUGCCUCCCAUGUUCGAUCCCCAACAGUCACAGGGAACAUUCUGCAAGAGGGGGUUUCCAUCGCCCCUCAUUCCUGCACACCGGGAAAGGUGACCUUGGACGAGGAUUUGGAGCGGAUCCUGUUCGUGGCCAACCUGGGGACCAUUGCCCCCAUGGAGAAUGUCGCCAUCUUCAUCAGCACCUCCUCGGAGCUCCCGACGCUGCCCAGCGGGGCUGUGAGGGUCCUUCUGCCUGCUGUCUGUGCCCCAACUGUGCCCCAGUUCUGCACCAAGAGCACUGGCACCUCCAACCAACAGGCCCAGGGCAAAGACAGGCCCUUUUCCAGCAAAGACAGUGCCUGGAAUAAGUUGUGCCUGGCAACUCUCCUGAACACCGACGCGUCCAACCCCAUGGAGUAUGAGUUCAACUUCCAGCUGGAGAUCCGUGGGCCAUGUCUGCUCGCAGGGGUAGAGAGUCCCACACAUGAGAUUCGUGCCGACGCCGCCCCAUCUGCCAGCUCAGCCAAAAGCAUCAUCAUCACCUUGGCCAACAAGCACACCUUUGACCGGCCUGUGGAGAUCCUCAUCCACCCCAGCGAGCCCCAUAUGCCUCACGUCCUGAUAGAGAAAGGGGACAUGACGCUGGGAGAGUUUGACCAGCACUUGAAGGGAAGAACAGAUUUCAUUAAAGGGAUGAAGAAGAACAGCAGUGCAGAGCGGAAGACAGAAAUCAUUCGAAAACGCCUCCACAAAGACAUUCCCCACCACUCUGUCAUCAUGCUCAAUUUCUGUCCCGACCUUCAGUCAGUCCAGCCGUGCCUGAGAAAGGCCCACGGAGAGUUCAUCUUCCUCAUUGACAGGAGCAGCAGCAUGAGCGGGAUCAGCAUGCACCGAGUCAAGGAUGCCAUGUUGGUGGCCCUUAAGAGCCUCAUGCCAGCCUGCCUCUUCAAUAUCAUUGGGUUUGGAUCCACAUUUAAGAGCCUUUUUCCUUCCAGCCAGACCUACAGUGAGGAGAGCUUGGCCAUGGCUUGUGAUGACAUCCAGAGAAUGAAGGCCGACAUGGGUGGGACCAACAUCCUUUCUCCUCUCAAGUGGGUCAUCAGGCAGCCAGUGCACCGAGGCCACCCGCGGCUCCUCUUCCUGAUCACAGAUGGCGCUGUCAACAACACGGGGAAGGUGCUGGAGCUGGUGCGAAAUCACGCCUUCUCCACCAGGUGCUAUAGCUUUGGAAUUGGACCCAACGUCUGCCACAGACUGGUGAAAGGGCUGGCAUCUGUGUCCAAGGGCAGUGCUGAGUUCCUGAUGGAGGGGGAACGGCUGCAAACCAAGAUGGUCAAAUCCUUGAAGAAGGCUAUGGCCCCAGUCCUGAGCGAUGUGACUGUGGAGUGGAUCUUCCCUGAGACCACUGAGGUCCUAGUCUCACCCAUCAGUGCCAGCUCCCUCUUUCCUGGAGAACGGCUGGUAGGGUAUGGCAUUGUAUGUGAUGCUUCUUUGCACAUCUCCAAUCCCAGAUCUGACAAGAGGCGCCGGUACAGCAUGCUGCACUCUCAGGAGUCUGGCAGCUCUGUCUUCUACCACUCUCAGGAUGAGGGACCCGGACCGGAAGAUGGAGACUGUGCCAAGAACUCGGGGGCACCCUUCAUCCUAGGGCCGGCCAAAAAUGCCCGGCUAGUCAGCGGAGAAUCCACCACCAAGCACGAUCUGAACCUCUCUCAGCGACGGAGGGCAUACAGCACCAACCAGAUCACCAAUCACAAGCCCCUCCCAAGAACCACCACAGCAAGUGACCCCAUGCCAGCUGCCAAGAGAUACCCACUGCGGAAAGCCAGGCUGCAGGACCUCACUAACCAGACCAGUCUGGAUGUCCAGCGGUGGCAGAUUGAUUUGCAGCCCUUGCUGAACAGUGGUCAGGACCUGAACCAGGGCCCCAAACUCCGUGGCCCAGGGGCCCGAAGGCCCUCUCUGCUGCCCCAAGUCUGCCAGCCCUUCCUGCCCUGGGGCCAGGAGACCCAGGCCUGGAGCCCUGUGAGAGAGCGGACUUCUGACAGCCGAAGCUCCGGAGAUCUGGAGCCGUCCCACCACCCCUCUGCCUUCGAGACAGAGACGUCCUGGUACUGGGAGCCCUCAGCCGAGUCCCAGGAGCGAACCAGUCCCAGCAGGCCCGCCACCCCGGGCCCGGUGCUGGGCAAGGCCCUGGUCAAAGGCCUGCACGACAGCCAACGCCUGCAGUGGGAGGUGAGCUUCGAGCUGGGGCCCCCUGGACCGAAGCGGGGCGGCGCGCGGGAUGCCGACCUAUGGAACGAGACCUUCCACCACCUGGCGGCCCGCGCCAUCAUCCGCGACUUCGAGCAGCUGGCGGAGCGCGAGGGCGAGAUCGAGCAGGGGUCCAACCGCCGCUACCAAGUGAGCGCCUUGCACACCAGCAAGGCCUGCAACAUCAUUAGCAAAUACACAGCCUUCGUGCCUGUGGACGUGAGCAAGAGCCGGUACCUGCCCACCGUGGUGGAGUACCCCAACUCUGGAGCUGCCCCGCGUAUGCUCAGCUCUCGGGCCCUGGCCCAACAGUGGAGGGGCACCUCUUCUGGCUUUGGACGGCCGCAGACCAUGCUUGGAGAAGAUUCGGCACCAGGAAAUGACAUGGAAGCAAGUCCCACUGCUCUCUUCAGCGAGCCCAUGUCCCCCAGCCGCGAGAAGCACGGUGCUUCUGAAGGUCCCCUGCGCAGCCCGGCCACAAAUACUCUUUCUUCCAUGAAGGCCUCAGAGAAUCUCUUUGGAUCCAGGCUAAAUCUCAACAAGUCCAGCCUACUGACGCGAGCAGCCAAGGGCUUUCUGAGCAAGCCACUGAUCAAAGCUAUGGAGUCGACCUCUGGGAACCAGAACUUCGACUACGUACCACUGGUGUCUCUGCAGCUGGCCUCCGGAGCCUUCCUGCUCAACCAAGCCUUCUGUGAGGCCACACACAUCCCCAUGGAGAAGCUCAAGUGGACGUCCCCCUUCACCUGCCACCGAGUGUCCCUCACCACCCGCCUGUCUGAGUCCAAGACCCCGAGUCCCCAGCUGUGCACCAGCUCCCCGCCUAGGCACCCCUCCUGUGACAGCUUCUCCCUGGAGCCUCUGGCCAAGGGCAAGCUGGGCCUGGAGCCGAGGGCAGUGGUGGAGCACACUGGGAAGCUGUGGGCCACGGUGGUGGGGCUGGCAUGGCUGGAGCACAGUUCGGCCUCCUACUUCACUGAGUGGGAGUUGGUGGCUGCCAAGGCCAACUCAUGGCUGGAGCAGCAGGAAGUACCCGAGGGCCGCACGCAGGGCACACUCAAGGCCGCUGCCCGCCAGCUGUUUGUGCUUCUGCGGCACUGGGAUGAGAAUCUCGAGUUCAAUAUGCUCUGCUAUAACCCGAAUUAUGUGUAGUUGGGUGAGGGGGAGGCUGGGCAGAGGGAAGGGCAGGGAGGACAGGGAUGGGCAGGGCCAUGUUGGCCUGGUUUCGGGGAGCUUUUGGAGCUGUAACCAAUAUAUCAGUUACUAGAAA